AUGGAUGGUAGCAAACCUUAUUACAUAGGUGGUGCUUCAGAAUUUUUGGAUUAUUGCUUUUCUUACUACCAGUUUGACUCUUUCUUAUCAUCUGAAAAAUUCAAAGGUUUGGUAGAAAAUUUAUCGCAAUAUCAAAUCAAAGUAAAGAAUGAAAAUGACAUAUUGAAAGUUACAAAAGAUUCUCCUGAAAUUUUUGAGAAACGUGUCAAAAAUAAAUUCACCAUUUGUAUAUCUGGAACAGGAUUGCCUUUAGCGAUGCACGUAAUCUCAGGAUUAUUAGAAAUGUCGGUCGGAGAUAAAACUAUUUCUAAAAUAUAUAUUUAUGAUGAAAAAUGUUCUGAACUGUUCAUGGAAUUUAUUGAAAGAGAAUGCUUCUACAUUAUGUCAAAUAAUCCUGGAAAAGUUGUAAAAGUAGUGAAUAAAAUAGGAAUGGCUCUAACACAUACAGAUUUAUUAAUUGUUCUAAAUCAUGUCCCAUUUAAUGCUGAAAGUAGCAUAGGUGAUUGGCUUCAAGCAAACAAGAAAAUGAUGUCAAAAUUAGCAAUGUAUAUAAAUGCAUCGGCAUUUCGCAAAAUGUAUAUACUUUUUCCAAAUUUAGGACCGGCGUGUUAUAAUGCUACUGUGCUAAUGAAUUUGGUGACAAAUGUCUCUAAACGAAAUAUAGUAGUCGCUACUUCUGACCUUGGAUUAGAUAUUGCUGCCUUGGCUGCUGACAUUGCAGAAGUACCAAUGAGGAAUAUGUUUUGUUCACCAGUAUGGGGAUUUGUUGGAGUUAAUCAUUUGGUAGAUAUAAGAACAACCAUUCAUAAAUAUAAUACAUUCGAACCAUAUAAUAGAUAUACCAAAGUGAAAAACUCUUCAUUGACGAUUGGACGACUCACUCCAAAAAUGCGUACUAUGGAGUACUUGAUGUAUUUUGAUGAAAUAUUAUGGACUAAAGUUGCAGAGACAAAGUGUUGUGCUGUGAUGUGGUUAUGGGACAUGUGGGGCCUGCUGUGGGUUGUGGAGGCCCUGGCGCAGUUGAUGGUGGCAGUGGCGACCCCGUUGGAAGCUGCUCCACCGAUCCCGCAAGCCGGCGACGGAUCAUAUCAGUUGCAUAACGAGCGUGCGCCUCGGCAUCCGGCUAACGGUACCCACUGGCGAGUAGGGGAGCCCCGACACGCGCCACAUCUAGACGUAUCAUGA